AUAUCUCUGAUAUAGGGAAUUUUAUCGAUUUUUCGUUCAAUUACCUGUAUCAAACGCUUUUUUGGCUAAUAGGCGGUCGUUCAGAGAAAAAAUGUUUGAUCCGGGACUUUCAAUAUACGCCACUAUGGUGUUAUCAAACUUAACGAAGGGUAUAAACGAGCAUGUUUAUAAGUGUGGACCUUUGUACAUAACAGUGGAUAGCAAUGAAUUCAUACUCCUGAAUUGGGAUUUCAAGUCUUGCGAUCCGUGGAAGCAUCCAGAUACCAUAAAAUUUUACACGUUGAACAAUAAAAAAGAGAUCGUCGUAGAACGAAUUUCCACACGAGGAAAAACUAGGAGUUACCAUCAAACCCAACAUAAAUUUCCCACGCCUAUGUUGAAUUUUCCAAAUGGUUGGAACAUGAACGAUUCAGCGCAAAGCUACCAAGCUACGAGUUGUCUUCCUUACGUGAUAGAAAGCUCCAAAAAUAAAAGGGUUGUAGAUAGGAGAUGUCUUCGUAUAUAUCCCUCUUGGAUGAAGAACUAUGGUGAAUUGCGGAUAGGAGAAAUGAUGAUUCCAGGAACGCACAACGCUGGGGCCUGGACUGGAGUUCCAACCCUCAUGAUGAACAGAUACGUCCUAAAUCAAGACAGGAACCUUUACGAACAACUUGUUUUCGGACAGAGAUAUUUCGAUAUCAGAGUUGGCAUUACGUCUGAUAGAGAGUACCGGAUAACUCACAACAUAAUACAAACCUCACAUUUAGACGCAGAACUGGAAAACAUAGCUAGAUUCGUUAGAAAAUCACCGUUGGAGAUAAUCAUCUUGGAUAUACACCAAUUCAACAUACCAGCCAAGUUCCAGAAAGAGGAGCAUUUUCAGAUAAUAGACUUGAUAAAACAGAAAUUGGGAAAAUACGUUCUCCCAAAGUCCGCCCUGGAAAACCACCGGUACGGCCCUGAAUUGAAGACGUUGUGGUCUUACAAAAGAUCGGUUAUCGUGGCUUAUCGUGAUCCAGAAUGGGUGGAGAGUAACCCAAUGAAGGUCCUAAUGGCAGAAAUGACACCAAGCUUACCCUACAUCCUCAACAAUCCAAAACAGGGUCUUGGACUCUUGGCAGAUGAGGUCAACAGAAAUCUCACGCUAUGGCUCAGGGAUUAUAAGCUGUGGCCGAUGAUCAAUCUUAUAGCCAGCGAUUUUUUCAUGGGAAAUCGUAUGGGCAAGCAAUUUAGUCUUGUUACGAUGAGUUUCUUCCUCUGGAUAAUUUUGGCGUUUGUGCUGGCUGUCGCUCAGGCCAUUGGAAAUGCUAAAGGCUACAGCUGUGGCCCCUUAUAUAUAACAGUUUCAGCUAAUCCUAAGUCAUAUGUUGUACUUAAUUGGCAGUUUACCUGUGAAAAUCCACCAGAUACUCUUCUACUUCUUCUGACUGACUCCAGAUCAUACGAGCAAAUCCAUGACUCGGUAGAUGUAAGGAAGAAGCGACAAGGUACUUACAAAACAAAAUACGUUUUUCCCGAUGUGCCAGAUUUUCCUGGCAACUGGAACGACCUAGAUAAUGGUCCAGAGCUGGACGCACAUUGUCUACCUCUGGUGGUUGAAAGUUUGAGAGAAGGAAGCUUGGUGGACAGAAAAUGUUUGGAAAUUCAACCCACAUGGAUGUCGAGAUAUGGCAAACUUCGACUGGGGUCCAUGAUGAUUCCUGGUACCCACAACUCAGGAAGUUGGAGAGGGCAACCGUUCCUGAUAAAGAACUACAUCCUUUGCCAGGAUAGAAACUGGUGGCAACAGCUCGUCUUCGGCAUCAGAUACUUCGACGUCAGAGUUGGAAUCUUCGACAACAACGACGUCUACCUGACGCACAGCGUCGCCAGAUGUACGCCCUUCGAGGACGAACUGGAUCACGUGGCUAAUUUCCUGAGGAAAUCCCCUAAGGAGAUCGUAAUCUUGGAUUUUCAUUCGUUCGAUAGCCCCCUGAAUUUCACCCUGGAAAACCACAAGCUCGUGCUGAACGUGGUGAAGAGGAAACUGGGGAGGUUCAUCUAUCCCAGGCACGAACUAUACUACGACGAAGGGCCAACCCUGGACGAAGUUUGGAACAGUGGUGGGAGAGUUAUUAUUAGCUAUAACAAUAGGGGAAUCGUCAAUGACAACCAGUGGCUAUGGUACGAGGUGAGCAGAGAUUGGCCAAAUGUCAUAACAACUGAUAAACUCCAAAAAUACACCCACGAAAAAACCAGCAGAAAGCAAUAUGGCAACCCUAUGAGCGUCCUUAUGGCUGAACUAACGCCCACAAAGACUUACGUGCUCUUCCAUCCAACAGGAAGCCUUAGGAAAUUGGCAGAUGACGUGAAUUCGAUGUUGGGUUUUUGGCUAAGGCAUCAGAACAGAUCGGACAACAUCAAUAUAGUCGCCACUGAUUUCUUUUUGGGUAACGACAUGGUGAAUCUUGCUGUGGAGACUAACGACAGAAAGCUGUUCAGGUUAUCCUGAAGAAAAUUGGUACAGGUUGAAGAAAAACAAAAAUAUUUUAUAUUAAGUGUAACUUAUAUGAAGAAAUAAAACAAACUGUUGAAUA